AUGUGUUGGAGAGCAGCUCAGAGACUCAUACACCAUCGGAAGAUUCUCAAAGGAGAUAACGUGAUGGUAACCACGGGUAAAGAUAGAGGUGGGACUGGAGCUGUUAAGCAUGUCAUUCGCUCUCAAAAUCGUUUGAUUGUUGAGGGGAAAAAUCAGCCGUUGUUUGGCCCCAAGGAUACUCCGAUGGAUCUGGUGUUGGAAAAGACAUAUGACGCCAAAACUGGGAAGGGCAUGCCUCAUCCUAUAAAUCUUCUCUUCAAUUUUAUUGGAGACAUUUAA